AUGGCAAACGUGGACAAACUCAUCAUGCAGAUAUGAGACUUUGGGCCAUUCCAGAGGAAGAUUGCCACACUUGGUUUAUUUCUUUUCGCUUUUGUACUUGUUGGAGUUGUUUUCUUAGGCCACACUCUGGAUCACUGGUGCUGGAGUCAUGGAUCUGAGGGCCUCCGGGAGGAAUGUGGAUGGAGUGAUGUCAAGGUGCGGGAUGUGACCAUUCCCCACUCAGAACAGUCUGGAUCUUUCAGCCGUUGUGAGAGAUUUGCAGUGGACUGGAGCGAAAGCCAAAAGAAAUAUGAUGAACUUGACUGGCAGUGGAUUUCUAAUGCAACCCAGACGGUGGCGUGCGAAAGCAGAUGGGUGUUUGAUGAAAACCGCACCACUAUUGUUUCUGAGGUAAUUUUUAGAUCCUGGCUCGCCGACCUGCAUCAAGUUUCUCUGGCAUGUGGAUUUUUCAUUGGAACUUUUGUGACAGGUUACCCAGCUGUCAGGUUUAUUAUGCACCAAUGACAACACAUUUUUUUCUUUUCACCAACAAAUCGAUUUAGACAUACCCCUCUAACUC